UCCAUUACAAACUCCAGCCUGUCAUGUCCUUUCUUCUGUCCCCAGUGGCCACACUCCUUCACUAUACUCCUCCCCUCACCCUCCACUCUGUCCUAUUAGCCUGACAACACACCAACCCUCACACUUAGCCACUGCACCCUUGCCUGCACCAGCUGCUGCCGGGAAAUCAGAGGCAGCUGACCCAGCUCUCCUGACCUUUAUGACCACAGACCCUGAAUAAGUCCCCAAUUCAGCCAGUCAGUGCUGCCUAAUUCCCUAAUAACCUCACUUUCCCUGUCUGCAAAGUGGUUAUUCUUUCCUCGAAGUCUCCCAAAUGAAACCCUCUCAAACCCUCUCAAUGCUGACCUCCAAUCUCUCACCCUUCAAAGAGAUAAGACACACCCUCAAGGCCUUGGUUUCCCUAACAUGCUUGCAUCUGAACCCACACACUCUACCUUCCCUCUGUCACCGGAGAAGAGGUGCACUGCUCCCCAGGUCACACCCCACCUGGGUCUUGCAUCCACCCACCUGCUAUUCCCACGCAUUGUGCUCUCCCUUCUUCCCUCGAAUUGUUACCUCUCUGAGAUCAUUACAUAAGAACAUGCUGUAAUAUCUCUCCAGCUUUUGAAACUCUUUAAAAAGGAGUUAAGUCAUGCCAAGGAAGUUCUCCAACCAUAUGGAAUUAGGUUAGAAAUCAACACCAGCCAGAUAGCUAGAACAUACCCACAUAGGUUGGAAACGAAAAAACAUACUUCAAAAUACCCUUGGUCAAAGAUAUCAAAAUGGAAAUUAGAAACUAUUUUGAUGUGAAUGAAAUUGAAAACACAACAUCCAAAGUAGUACUUAAGGGAAAUUUACACCAUUUAAUGCCUACAUUAGAAAAGAAAAACUCUCAAAUCAAUGCCCCCUGCUUCCAUAGUAAGAAACUAGAAAAAGAGUAAAAAAAAAUCCUAGGUGAGAAGAAGAAAGGAAAUAAAUAUCAGAACAGAAACCAAUAUAAUCGUGGAGAGGGAGGAGGAGAAAAAGAGAUCAAUGUAACUAAAGGCCGAUUCCUUGAGAAAAAUCUAAACAAUUGAUAAACCUGUAGCCAGACAGACAAGAAAAUAUGCAAGACAAAUUACUAAUGUCAGGCACAGAGAUGAAGUAUCGUUAUCAAUAUUAAAAGGAUAAUAAGGGCAUACUACAAACUUGUGUCAAUAGGAUCAACAAUUUAGAUGAAAUAUACAUUUUGGAAAAACACAAAUUAAGCUCACCUAAGAAGAAAUGGAAACCAUGAAUAUCCCCCUCUAUCCUUAAAAUAGGGUUCCAGAUAAUCUUUAAGAAAAAAAGAACAAAAUACUGGUGGAGGCACAGAGAUCACAGCAAGUGCCCACCUUCCUGACCUCAGGUGUGGUCUUGGAAGAGAAGGUGGACUAGGGUAACAGAGGCGCAAGCAGUUCGGCCAGCUCUACCUGGGAAAAGCUGAGUCAUAAGAAGAUCACAGUUCUCCCCAAGUCUGAGUCACUAAUCAAACACACGGAUUACACUAAACAUGGAUGGAGUUUUAAUUUUGUGCCCACAUUUUGACACGCCUUUGGGAAUUUGUUUUCAGUUGGAUUUGUUGGCAGGUACACACAUCUCACUAGGAAGAAGACAUAUAGAUCAAUUUAGAUCUAUACAGAUUAUCUACCCUCCUUGGACAAACGUAAAUGCAGAUAAUUUUAUCAUCCGUGGAAGUUAUGUAAGGAUCAAAUUAAAAAUUCCCUCUAAAGGGUUCCGCCCACAGUAAAAAUUUCCUCGCACCUGAGGGCGCUCUGGGAAUCAGUGCCACGUAGCCUGCCUACACCUGUUGAGUCCACUCACAGGACACCUCAUUCUGAAUUUCUCUUUAGCAAGCAAAGGGAUCCAUGUCCAGAGAAGCAGUUACUGUGUCCAAGUAAUUGCACUGCAUCUUAGGAAAAAACAACAUUCGCAUUUUGCAGUGGACGAUGGGCGCACGACCAAGAAAAUUACUCAGCUCUCGCUUUCCUCCCUUUGGGGUUCUCCCCAAACAAUUUCUUCAGUCCAGCUGCCACGAAUCUGCAGCCCUCUACUGAUCCGUCGCCCUCGGUUUGGCUCCAGGGGAAGCACAGCUCCCUGGGCGCGGAGCCUGGACCAAAGAAAGCGCAGCGCGGGCAGAGGGCGGGCCCGGGAGUUGGGGCGUUACGAAGCCUUCAGGAACAGACAGCCCCUCCUCAGAGGGGAGGGACCGAGGCCGCAAGCCUUGUUGUCUAGGGCUCCCAGCGCUGGAUUCCAGAACUUCCUCUGCGCGGCUGCUGUGACUAACCAGCUCCGCUGUGCGCUCUCCGGUGGUCCGAAGCCUGGUCCGUUCUCCACGCAGGUGCCCAGCGCGCCCCACCGGGCCAUGUCGUCCUGCAGCCGCGUGGCGCUGGUGACCGGCGCCAACAAGGGCAUCGGCUUCGCCAUCGCGCGCGACUUGUGCCGCCAGUUCUCCGGGGACGUGGUGCUCACGGCGCGGGACGCGGCGCGGGGCCAGGCGGCUGUGCAGCAGCUGCAGGCCGAGGGCCUGAGCCCGCGCUUCCACCAGCUGGACAUCGACGACCUGCAGAGCAUCCGCGCCCUGCGCGACUUCCUGCGCAGGGAGUACGGGGGGCUCAACGUGUUGGUCAACAACGCGGGCAUCGCCUUCAAGAUUGAUGAUCCAACGCCCUUUGACAUUCAAGCUGAGAUGACAAUGAAGACAAAUUUCUUUGCCACUAGAAAUGUCUGCACUGAAUUACUGCCGAUAAUGAAACCUCAUGGGAGAGUGGUGAAUAUCAGCAGUUUACAGGGUUUAAAAGCUCUUGAAAAUUGCAGUGAAGAACUGCAGGAAAAGUUCCGAUGUGAGACACUCACAGAAGGGGACCUGGUGGACCUCAUGAAAAAGUUUGUAGAGGACACAAAAAAUGAGGUGCAUGAGAGGGAAGGCUGGCCCAACUCAGCUUACGGGGUGUCCAAGUUGGGGGUCACGGUCUUAUCAAGAAUCCUGGCCAGGCGUCUGGAUGAGAAGAGAAAAGCCGACAGGAUCCUACUGAAUGCAUGCUGCCCCGGGUGGGUGAAGACAGACAUGGCUGGGACUUAUGGCUCCAGGACUGUGGAAGAGGGGGCUGAGACCCCUGUCUACCUGGCCCUUCUGCCACCAGAUGCUACUGAGCCUCACGGCCAGCUGGUCCGUGACAAAGUUGUACAAGACUGGUGAAUGUCUGCUUUGGCACUUAAUGCAUAAUAAAUACUGGUGCAAUGAGUGAAUGAA